AUGCCUUGGCCACAUACCAUCGCCACAUGUGCUGCAGAUGUUACUGUAUCUGACAUUGAGAGUGGCCUUACUACCCAUUUAAAGGCUAUUGUUGAAUUAAUCACAGGAAGGGUAUUCCAUGAGGAGCUUGGAUUGCGGACUGUCUAUCCGUUAUUGAUGUUGUCUUUCAUGGGGCCACAACAGGGGCGCAUUAUUCAAGUCUCAUGUAAUGGGUGGGAAAUACAUGUGCAAUGCUCUCAACUUUGGAGUUUUCGGCAUGAAAAAACGGCACCCCUUGAGAUGUUCAUUCGGUACUUCAUCGCGACACCGGUUCAGCGUCGGAUAGUGCCGAUCAAGAUGAUCAGCACAAGCAAAAUGAAGAGCACGAAUACUAGCUCCGGGUAUAGAUAG